AUGGCCGGAAAAUCACACUCCUUCCUUGUGAUUCUCAGUUUUGUGGCGGCUGCCGCCUGGAUUUCCGGUGUUACCGCUGCCACUUUUGUUAGCUCAGGAUCUCGGUAUGCCAGGGCAGGUCGAAGCCCGGCCCGUGAGAGCGUCGAGCCUGUCGUCGUAUUGAACCCGAGACACCCGUUUGUGGUGAAACUUGCAAAAUUUGCAGUGGCUGAAUAUAAAAUGAAGACCAGUCACGCCAAGUUCAGCUACAGUCACGUAUACCGGGCUGCAGUCAAGGAUAGCCCGCCCGGAAAAAUUUAUUCUUUCUUGAUUGCGGUGGAUGAUGAGAGCGGGAUGAGUGGCUACGACGCCGAUUUAUUAGUCCAUGGCGAUGUGAAAGAGCUUGUCGAUUUCCGAAAAAGACAUAAAAAUGAAGGAGAAUCUUCUUCUGAUAGACCUCCAUUGCCAAUGCCAGAGACCGCCCAACGCAUCUUUCACUCUAUUGAGGAAAUCCACGGGAGCUUACAGUUCGAGGAGAACCAGGAGCAGCCGUAUGAAAACGAUUUCGAUCCUACUCAAGGUCAAGGAGAUCAACAUGCUCAACGGGCUCGAACGGCCGCUGAUGGGGGUCAAGGGUUAAAAUCUGACAAAUUCAUAGCACUUCAGAAAGGUGUCCAAUGA